CACCGAAGUAUAUAAAGUCGUUGCACACGGCUCGUGUGGGGUUGCUCUUCACUCGUUUGCCCGCAGCAUUCAGAACCUCAAAUCUUUGAGUUCCGCAAGACUCGACGAGCUUUCAUCAUGGCCCUCCCUCCCAAGUGGUACCAGUUCCUUGUAGGCCUGUUCGCCUCCCUCGGUUCCCUGCUCUUCGGUUACGAUCUGGGUGUCAUUGCCCAAGUCAUUGCCUCGCAGAGCUUCAACAGCAAGUUCAAGCCAAACGACAAUGAAAUCGGAGCCGUUGUGUCCGUCUUCACGGGCGGUGCCUUUUUCGGUGCUGGCGCGGCCGGCCCAAUGGGUGACAAGUUGGGACGGCGAAUGACCAUCAUGAUCGGCGCCAUUGUCUUCUGUCUGGGCGGCGCUCUCCAGACCGGUGCUCAGGGCCUCUCAUACCUCUACGCUGGACGUGCUAUUGCUGGCCUGGGUGUUGGUAUCCUCGUCAUGAUCAUCCCGCUGUACCAAGCCGAACUGGCUCACCCUAGCAUUCGAGGCCGUGUCACCGCUCUGCAGCAGUUCAUGUUGGGUGUCGGUGCUCUUGCUGCCUCUUGGAUCUCCUACGGUACCUAUGUUGGCUUCGCCCCUACCAACAGCGGCCAAUGGCGCACCAGUCUUGGUAUCCAAGUCAUCCCUGCCGUCAUUCUCGCCGCCCUUAUCAUGAUCUUCCCGGAAUCUCCGCGUUGGUUGAUCGACCACGGAAAGGUCGAGCAAGGUCUUCAUAACCUCGCCAAGUUGCAUUCUCACGGCGAUGAGACCGAUCCUUGGGUCCAGGCCGAGUUCCAGCAAAUUCAGGACGCCAUCACGUUCGAUCGUGAGCAUGAGGCCAAGUCCUAUGCCGAGCUUUUCAAAGACAGGUCUUGCUUCCGCCGCCUCUUUCUGGCCUGCGCUAUCCAGGGUUCUAUUCAGAUGACUGGUGUAUCUGCGAUUCAGUACUACUCUGUGACAAUCUACGGCAAGAUGGGCAUCAAGGGAGACGAGACACUGAAGUACCAGGCUAUCUCGUCCAUCAUUGCCCUCAUCGCUCAAGCCCUCUGCAUUCUCUUGAUCGACAAGUUCGGACGUCGCUGGCCACUCAUCCUCGGCAACAUUGGAAACAUGAUCACCUUCAUCAUUGCUACCAUUUUGUUGGCCAAGUUCCCCCCUGGAACAAGUCAUAACACGGCCGCUGCUUGGGGUUUCAUUGCCAUCACCUGGGUGUACAAUUUCAGCUUCAGCGCAACCUGCGGACCUUUGUCUUGGAUUAUCCCUGCCGAGAUCUUCGAUACCAAGACCCGUUCCAAGGGUGUCUCGAUCGCUACCAUGGUAUCUUUCGCCUUCAACACCAUGAUUGGACAGGUCACCAAGCCAGCCAUGGAGCAGGUUGGAUACCGAUACUAUCUCCUGUUUGUCAUUUGCAACUUGACAAACGCCAUCUUCUUCUACUGCUUCCUUCCCGAGACCGCCAGGCGUCCGCUUGAGGAGAUGAACCACCUCUUCACCAACGCACCGAUUUUCGUACCAGGCAUGGACAAGCGCGAUUGGGCCCCGGGUGUCGAUCUCGAGCGCCGUGUCGAGGAGGUCGCUGCUAAGCAAGGCUCCAUCUCCCAUCACCAGGAGGAGGUUAAGUACUAGUUCAGAGUCGCGCAAGCUAGAUUCUCUAGGAUCUCUGCUUCACAGCUAGAUCUGAACGACUAGUCCGUGUACGAAUGAACAAGUAGUCAAUGUAGUUUGUUGGAAGAUAAUUUAUCAAUUGCCCCGUAAG